CAGAAACAGAUGUGAGGUCUGACAAUCCAUUCCAGAGCAAGGCAGAUCAAAUAAUAUCAGUGGGCUUAACUUGGUCUGAGUUUAACUGCUGAUGGGAAGGGCUCUAGGUGUGUGCAGACAGACACUUUCAGUUUCAAGACUGUCUGUAAAGAGCGAAUGCAUAGUAGACGUGACCGUGGGAUUUUGUCGUUGAUCAGCUUAGUCUAGGAUUCUUUAGGGUACCUUCCUGUCAAACUCAUUUUACAGGAAUCAUGCAGAACAAGUUACAGCUGGGAUGAUGAGAUUCCUCCAGUUCUUAACCAACAAUGGAUUGAAUGGGAUAUUGAUCUGGAUCAAAUUAAUGCUUUUACAGUUGACUAACUGAAUUUUUUGAUUGUUUUGUUUGUUGUUUGAAGCCACAUGACAAUCUGUCAUUUGGACAAUUUGUUCAAAGAAAUAUGGCUCUGUGACUUAAAUUAGAUUACAGAAUAGUCAAAGUUCAUGUCACAAUCAUGUUUUUGGACAGUUUUGAAUUUGUAAACACCUGAAAUAUAAUUACCUAUUGAAUUUUUUUUAUUAUUUUUUUUAUUUUGUUUAUUGUUAAACUCCACUUCCACAAAUUUCUCUUUCUGACGGACGGACAGCGUGGCUCGGUUCGGAUGAUGGACAUGAGGUCUCUGCUGACACUAUCAGUGUUGUUGGCUCUCAUAAGAGAAGACAACGGACAAAAUCCAACAGUGUCUUCCCUGCCGAGGUUCCCAGAUGUGUUUGUUGGAGAUGACGUCACUCUGAUCUGUAAAGGAUGGGCUGGAACGAUAAAAUGGUUCAUUAAUGGUGUAAAACAUUCACAUCAGGAUCCUUUAAUGCUUCUUACAGCAGUGACAUCAAAAAACAGCGGGGAGUACGAAUGUGAGCAGGGCGGAUCAAAGAGCAGCAAGUACAAUCUCACUGUCCUGGAGCUGGAGCCUCACGCUCAGCUCUCUCCAUCUAUAGGUGGCGCUGUGAUGACCAAAGGCGAUGGAAGAAACCUGGUGCUGCAGGUGGACGAUGAUCCGAAGGACUGGGUGUGUUUUGUGUUGCGGGGAGAGAGCGGCUUCAAAAUAGUACCCACUGUUGAUGAGAAGAUGAAGAGGGCUGUUAUAUUUGCAGAAUUAAAAGAGGCAAAACGAGCCACUUUCUGGUGCAAGAAGGGUACACAACGAAGCAAUGCAGUGACGCUGAAAAUGACAGAGCUCAGGGUGAUGUUGGAGCCUCCGGCCGUUCCUGCACUGAUGGGGGAGAGAGUGGAUCUCAGGUGUGCAGUCUGGGGUGGAGGAAAGGUGGAAAAUGUCGUGUUCUAUAAGGAUAAUAAGACAAUCCCAAACGAAAUGAAAGACACGUACAUCAUCACCAAAGCCACAGAAGAUCAUACCGGCAAGUACAGCUGCCACGCCACCUACAGGUACAGCCACAUCAGUGCAGAUGCUGCCCGGCAGGAAGGAGAUUCUGAUGCCCAGGAGUUAAAAGUUAUAGGUGGACCUCCUGCUACUACGGUGGAUUCAGUAUCCAGUACGAGACUGCAGUGUUCCUGCAAUGGCUGUCCUGACGAAUGCAGAACUUACCGCUGGUAUCGCACACUCUUUGAUGACUCAUUCGCACGCCAACAUCUAUCUGAAAAUGGCCAGCAUUUUGAGAUGGACAAAGAAGGACUGUACAGCUGCCGGAUGUACUGCGGGAAAGGUUUCUCCCGCUUCAGCAACGUUUACCGCUACGGAGCUCCACCAACUGUAAAUGUGCUGCCCAUCAUAGUGGCUAUAAUUCUUUUUCUUGGGGUGUUGAUCGUGGUGGUGCUGGUCGCACUGAAGUGCAGAAGACGUGGAGGAAGCAGUGUUCAGACGACCGAUCAGGAUAAAGACAAGAAGACAGGUGGAGACUAUGAGGCAAUUAAACUCACCGAUCAGGCGGUUUACCACACACUAGGCGAGAGCACAGAUAAGGACAAGGGCGAGGGUGGUUACGAAGCUCUACAAAAGAAGCAGGAGGAGACAGUGUACCACACACUAGGACCUGGAGAAGGUCAAAGUCAGGGUGAAGGUCAAGGUGGGUUCGAGGUUCUUAAGAACGUGAAAGCCGAGGUGUACCAGACACCAGUUCAGCUGAAUCAAAAACACCAGCAGGAGAAUCAGGGGGAGGGUAUGAGCAGCUUCCUCAGAAAGCCAAAGAUUAUGAGACCGUGACAAUAGAAGAUAAUCCAUAUGAAGAACUGAAGGCCGGACAACAGAAUAAGAAACAGACAAGCAAAGAUAAAGAAUGAAGGAACCUGGAAGAAAAAGCAUCAGAUUAAUGUUAACCAAUAGCCAAACAGCUAAUUAUGCUGCCUUCACGUGCUAUCAGAAUUAUCGUAAAUACAAGUUUCCUAGGUAAAAAUAGCACAGGAACGCCCUCCCCUUUCGAAACUUAAACGCGAUUAGCUUGUAACUUCAGAAGUGGGAAUUAUCAAAUAUCCGAUAGCACGUGAGGGCAGCAUUAGUCAAUAAAGGUAAAAAACUUUGCAAAUAGUUAAUACAGUUAAUUGAGUGCAGGAUACUCAACCCCAAAAUUAAAAUUCUCUCAUCGUUUACUCACCCUCAUGCUGUCCCAGAUGUAUGACUUUCUUUCUUUAGAUGAACAUGAAGAUUUUAAGAAAAUAAUCUCUGAGUCCAUAUAAUGCAUGUAGCCUUUACCGGGACUCAGAAGAUGAUGCUUCAAAAACCACACAAAGUGAACUCGACGGUAUUCCAAACGAUCCCAGCUGAUGAAUCAAUGUCUUCUGAAGCUAAACGAUAUGUGUGAGAGAGAAAUACUAAUAUUUAAACUUUUAAACUAAUAUUUUAACUUUAGACCAUAGCUUCCAGCCAACUGUCACACGAUUCACUCUUGAGGUAAACGUCAGUGCAAAGUGAAAUGCGUGCGAGACAUGCCACGAAAACACAGCGGACCGUUACUUCUUCAUUAUAGAUAUAGAUCUGGGACGGCAUAAACCAUGAGAGAUUUUUCUUUUUUUGGGUGGGGUAUCCCUUUAAUAUAAUGAAGGUUACAAUAAUAAUAUGAAAUCAAUUUUCAUAUCCUCAUCUCUGGGAUACAUAGAGAUGCUCUGGAGAGUGAACAUGACUUUUAACCUCCAUUUUCUGGUCAAAAACCUCCUCAAAAGUGUGUGCGCCGGCGGUGUUUCAUAAGAUCCCAGACAAUCCACUGCAAACUCACAUUCAGACCAGAAUCCGUUAAGAUCGGAAACGCCACUUUAGCUCGAUUGACUUUACAGACUCAAUCUACAGUGAGUUUGGUCCAGGCGUUAGUGGCGAAAAAUAACGCACUUCACCUUCAAAGAAAGAGAUUGAUACUAGGCCUAAGUAAAGAAAGAAAUGAAAUAAAUAUGUAAUAUGAAAACAUAAGCAUACAAAUAUAUACAAUUAACACAACAAACAAGUUCACAAAAUUACAGUUACAUAUCCACAUUCACAGGUUUAGACAUUUUCUUGCAGUUAUGAGAAUUCAGAUAGGCCUACAAUUAUAUAACAAAAGGAAAGUUAGUUUUGUGCAAUAAAGCUGAAUGAUGGAAAGCACAGAAAUCUCAAGGCUAUGAAUGUAUACUAUUAGCAUCACGCAUAAAUAAGCAUCAAACACACACAACAUAUAGAUUCACCUUAGGCAAUUAAACACACAUAAAUACACAGAAUCAGUUAUUGUGAAUGUCUGCGUGAAGUUAUAGUUAUUGAUUGUACAGUUUAUGAUAUUAAAGUGUAUCUGUGGGGCUGAAGAGCAUUAACACAUCAUUAGUAAAUGUACUAAUUUCUGAGCUUUUUAAUAAUUACACUGGUUUAACAAUACAUUUAUUAUAUAAGCAAUGAUUUUCCAAGUAGUGUCAUUCUCAGCCUCAUCCAGCUUCAUGUAAAUGCAUUUGGAUUCUUGUUUAUUUUUUAUACUAUUUCAUUCUUUCAUAAUGUUUGUUGUCAGAGCUUAAUUAUAGUUAUAGUGUUUUUAUUACAGGUUGAAAUAAUUUUAUAUAUGCACGUUGUUUUGUAACCUAUGUUGUGUUAAUAAAGGAUUUUUAAGACUACAAAAA